GAAGUUUGGAUCAGAUCGUUAUUUGACUGAGGCAGAGUUGUUAUCGAGAGGAGAAGAAAAACUGAGACAAUGACGCAAUACAUUGAUUUCGACUCCAAUGAGUUUGAAACGAGGGAUUUCUUCCUCACUACCCUGGAAGAAACAUGCAGGGAUCAGCUGAAUGACAGCGAGGCGAAGAUCACCCGCAGUACAUCUGAGGGGAGAAUCCUCCUGGACGUCCAGCAGGACGGUCUGGGCAAUUUCUUCGAUUGGCUUCGUGAUCAGAAGGACAUCAAUUGGGGCCAAGAGAAGGACCUGUUGCAGAGGGAGAUAUCUGGCCUGAAAGCCCAGCUCGAUAAGGCCCAUGCUAAACGUGACCACUCUCCAUCUAGGGAUAAGUCCCUGAAAUCAAAUGCUCAAAAAGACCUGAGCAAGAAGGACCGCAUCAUCAAGGACCAGGACUUCCAGUUGAAGAAGGUUGGCUCGAUGCUGAACGAUGCUGAACAACACCUGAGCGAGAAGGACAGCAUCAUCAAGAACCGGGACUUCCAGUUGGAGAAGGUCUGCUCGAUGCUGAACAAUGCACAAAAAGACCUGAGCGAGAAGGACGGCAUCAUUAAGAGCCAGGACUUCCAGCUGAAGAAGGUUGGCUCGAUGCCGAACAAUGCUAAAAAAGACCGGAGCAAGAAGGACGGCAUCAUUCAGAACCAGGACUACCGUUUGAAGCAGGUUGGCUCGAUGCUGAACAGCGCUCAACAAGACAUGAGCGAAAAAGACGGCAUCAUCAAGAGCCAGGACUUCGAGUUGAACAAGGUUAGAUCGAUGCUGAACAAUGCUCAAAAAGACCUGAGUGAGAAGGACGGCAUCAUCAAGAGCCAGGACUUCGAGUUGAAGAAGUUCUGCUCGAUGCUGAACAAUGCUAAAAAAUACCUGAGCGAGAAGGACGGCAUCAUCAAGAACCAGUACUUACAGUCGAAGAAGAUGAAGGGGGAGAACGAGGCACUUCGAAAGGAUUUGGAGGAAGAGAAGUCUGUGCUCCUCGCUGAAAGGAAGAUGCUCGCUUUGGCUAAAACAAACAUGGAGUGGGAGAUGGAGUUCUUGCUCGAGACUGAGAGGAAAGAACUACAAGGACAGCUGAGCAAGACAAAGGAGGACCUCCAAAAGACGAAGGAUGAGGCGAAGACCCAUCAAGCCCAGCUGAACGAGCAGAGAGCAAAGACAGAGAAGCUCACAGCAGAUCUGAAAAAGUCAGACAAAUUCAUGUCCAACUGUCUUCCUGAAAUGGAAGAACUCCGAGUCGAUAAGAGUAAGAUCAUGGCUGCUCUAAAGUAUGCUGAGGAGGAGCUGAAGUCUGUACAUCACAUGUGGCAGGAGGACAAGUCUUCCCACUUGGCAGAGCUGGAAAAAUCCCAUGACUCCCAUCUUGUCCAGCUGGAGAUGCAGGACAAGGUGCACAAGACCAUCAUGGCUGAUCUGAAGACAAAGUUUGAAGAUCAGCUAGCGAGUGACCGUCUCCUCUGGCAGCAGGAAAAAACCUCCCUUCUGGAGGAGACUGAGAAAACCAGCUUCUCCUUUGUUGCUCAGCUACAGGAGCAAAGACAGAGCAACGACACCCUCGGGGACGCUCUGGAGAAGGCUGCGCAGCAGAUACAGAGUCAUCGCAUCGAGUGCCACGACUUAUCUCUCCUUCAGGCCAAGGCCGCCGAAAGCGUCCAGCAGACUCUGCAGGAGGAAGAAUAUGAGUGGACGACCGACGAAAGCUCCCAGCUGGAUGAUCUUGAGAAUCUGAUCGGCAAAACAAAGAAGAGGACCAAGUGGUACCGGAAGCUCUUCUAAUGCCACGCUAAUGCCAUGCUCAGGAGAAAGAAAAUGCACAUACAUUGUUCUUGUAUCUUGUAAAGUGAAGUGAGUUCACUUUUCUGGUGUGAAACCAGUCCUCACAAAGAUAUGAUUACUAAUGCGCACACAUACACAUGCAUUUGUUCUUGUAUACUUGUGAGGAUCAAUCAGUCUUGACC